AUGGAAAAUGUUUCAGUCAUGUGUAAGGUAGAAGAUGAGAUGAAUUUGCCACCUGGGUUUAGGUUUCAUCCAACUGAUGAAGAGCUUAUAAGUCAUUAUCUUUAUAGAAAGGUAACUGACAUUAACUUUUCUUCAAGGGCCAUUGGAGAGGUUGAUUUGAACAAAUCUGAGCCUUGGGAUUUGCCUUGGAAAGCAAAAAUGGGUGAAAAGGAGUGGUAUUUUUUCUGUGUGAGAGAUAGAAAGUAUCCAACAGGUUUGAGGACUAAUAGAGCAACUGAAGGUGGAUAUUGGAAGGCAACUGGAAAAGAUAAGGAGAUUGACAGAGGAAAAUCUCUUAUUGGAAUGAAGAAAACUCUUGUUUUCUACAAAGGAAGAGCACCUAAAGGAGAGAAAACUAAUUGGGUCAUGCAUGAAUAUAGACUUGAGGGUAAAUUCUCUGUUAUCAACCUCCCCAAAACUGCAAAGAAUGAGUGGGUGAUUUGCAGGAUAUUUCAGAAAAGUCUAUCAGACAAAAAGACAUAUACUCUUUCUUCUGGGGUAAUGAGGUUAGAAUCUCUUGGAAAUGAAAUGAGUUCUUCUAUUCUUCCACCUUAUUCCAUUAACAAAACCAAACCACCUUACGUGUCCUGCUUCUCCAAUCCAAUUGAAACAAACCAAGUUGAAACCUUUGAUUCCUUUACCAACACCCCUUUUGAGCUUCCUUCAAAUCAUACAAUUCAUCUUCCAAAAAACUCACUUUCCAUUGGCUCAUUUUACUCUACUCAUGAACUUCAAGCUACACCAAAUUUUCCAUCACAUAUGGAUCUAUCUCCCUUGUGGAACUAUUAA